UUCCCAAUAGCAUCUCUCUCUCUCUCUCUCUCUCUCUCUCUCUGUACGAGGAAGCAUAAAGGAGUGUAUAGAUACGUAAUGAGGCCAGGAGUCGGGUUGAACACAAGCCGCGGCGCCGCUGCUACGUCGCCGUCGGGCGCGGCAUCGAGCGUGCCGCACUCGGCAUGGCACUCGCCGGUUCCAUACCUCUUCGGCGGGCUGGCGGCGAUGAUGGGCCUCAUCGCCUUCGCCCUUCUCAUCCUCGCCUGCUCCUACUGGAAGUUCUCCGGCUACCUCGACUCAGUCGAAGACGCCGACAACCGCGAAGCUGACGGAGAGGCCUCGUGCGGCCCGGGCGACGCCGCCAAGCCCCCGCUCCUCUUCGAGGAGGGCAUCGUCGUCAUCAUGGCCGGCGACUGCAUGCCCACCUUCCUCGCCACCCCCAUCGCCAGCUGCGCCGCGACCGUCGUGGCCAAAAGCGACGACUCCAGUAACGCCGCCGCGCAUGGUGGGGUUAUCUCACCGCAGGUGACGGCACCCGAAUCCUGCAGCAACUAAUCUUAAUUUUUCCUCUCUUUUUUUUCAUAAAUUUUGUAUUAUUUUAAAAGCAAAAAAUUAGAGUCUUUUUCUGUGUCAAACAAACACAAAUUCUCGAGUUGUGCUGUAAGGUGUAUCCUCUGAAUCAGUUGUUUAAUUCGCUCUCUCUACCAAAUCCAGCAGAGCAAGCAACUAUUUUUAGUGUUAAACAGCAAAUAAUUGCAAAUUAAUUAUGAAAGAUGCUACUAUGUUACACAAACAGUGCUAAUUAUGCUUCUAAUGUGGGGAGAGAGAGUUACUGCUGCUGAUUUCUAAUGAACAAUAGACUUGGAAGACUCAGCAGCAGCAGCAGAAGCGCUGUGUACUAAAAACCUGGAGGUCACUUCUACUGAUUACUGUCGAAAAGAAACCUUGAAGAAGAAGAAGAAGAAGAAGAAGAAGAAGAAGAAGAAGAGAGCUGUGUGAGUAGGUGUGUUGAUGAGAUACAGGACACACUUGAGUCCAAGCUUGUUGUGCAACCAGCUCAAGAGCUUUUUAGAUAGAGAUGACAGCAUGACCACUUGACAUUAUGUUUUACCUUGAAGACCUGCGUGGAACAAAGCUUCAUGCUCCAA